AUGGCUCAGCUUGUCUCUUCUCUUGCCUCUGCUGCUGUUCUUCUUGGUCUUCUCGUCGUUGGCCAGGUGAUCUUCGGAGGCUUCGAUGGCUUGGUGGAUGGGCUCGCAGUUGGGGGAAGAAAGCUCCCUUCUAUAGCAAUCGAAGCAAUCGCAAUCGAACAUUUAGGGCUGGUGGGUGCUGGUGCUAGUGGACUUGGGGCCUUUCUUGGAAGAUUUCUUCUUGGGGUCUUGGGCCAGGAUCGAAGAAAUAUUGGGGGUGGUUUUCAUGGACCGGGUUAUCAAGUAAGCCAAGACUGUGGCCAGAGACGGACCCACAGUGGGGUCACUGGGGUCAAACGACCCUAUGGAAGCCAUGAAAAUAGGGUUGGAGGUCCACUUGAGCUGGCUGUGUGA